AUGGCACGGGACGACGAAGACGUGCGCGAAGCACUUCGGGCGACUCUUGGCUGGAACUUUUCCUUUGCAUCUUCCAAACCUUCUUCAGCUCGUUGUCUUGUUGUACACCCAAAAGAUACGACACAAUUGGCGGAAUGGUUUGUACGUAAAUUACCUUUGUUGACGCCAUCUGAAACUAUGAAAAGAAAGGAUAACAUUGUAAAACAACACAAGAUGACGCAAUUCGACGAUUUAGAGACACUUUUAGCAAAGAAAGUAGCAUUUAGUAAUGAAUGUAAAAAUAUGGAACUGUUUAUGUGUGACACGUUGCAAAAAUCAAAGCAAGAUAAAGUCGGUCAAUUGGACCAGUUAUCGACCAUUGCUGUGCUCAAGAAUUUGUAUACAGAUGUCCCCUUUUAUACUUGCAAAGAUAGCAUGAAAGCUACUGAAAACCUGUUUGAGAUGCAGGCGACACCUCUUAACGCCCACUUAUCAACUUUAAGAGGAGUGUAUAUCGCUGAUAAGGACAAGGGUUGUUCGUCGACAGUUACUGGAACUUCAAGAUACACUUUUGCCAUAUUUGAGUAUGAUACACAAUCAUUGCAAGAUGUAUUGAAGUAUAAUCAAGCAGUACUAGAAGGUACUGCACAUGUGGAUACAACUUCUGCAUUGCCUCGUGUAUUAGACGCUUGUUCCAAUGUGUGUAUAGGCUCAGAGAGUGGAGAUAGAGACAAAACAAUGCGACAGCAUGUAAAUGUACAAGUACCACGGGAUAUUCACUUGAGCUCUUCAAAAUCGAUUACGGAACAAUGGUGCAUUGGUGAUCUCAGUAACUUUGAGUAUCUAAUGGCUCUCAACACGGCGGCAGGGCGUCGCAUGGAGGACGGCGUGUUCCAUCCAUUUCUACCGUGGGUUACAGAUUUUACGGCAGGUCCACAUGGUGGCUGGCGAGACCUAAGCAAAAGCAAGUUUCGACUCAACAAGGGUGAUGCACAACUUGACCGCACGUUUGCAAGUAGUGUUGUACCCCACCACAUCACCGAGAGUCUGUCGGAGAUCACGUACUACAUUUAUUUGGCAAGACGGACGCCCAUGGCAUUGCUACGGCGCGUGGUACGUGGUGAUUUCCAAGCACGCGAGUAUCCAUCCACGAUGAUGCGCAUGUUUGAGUGGACACCUGACGAGUGCAUUCCGGAGUUUUACACUGACCCAGCAGUAUUCAAGUCACUCCAUGGUACCGACAUGGAUGACUUGCAGUUUCCAGUAUGGGGUGAUACUGAAGCCGGUCAAGACACUGCUUCAGCAUUUGUGCGAUGCCAUCGUGCGAUGCUGGAAAGUGAUGAGGUGUCGGCACAACUGCACAAGUGGAUUGACUUGAACUUUGGCGCUGCGCUGAGUGGUGACAGUGCAAUAAGUGAAAAAAAUGUCCCGCUCGUAGUACAUGCUGCCGACAAGAGCCCCGGCUUCGUGCAGCUUUUCACUAUUCCACAUCCAAGACGGGUAUGUCGCCAUCAACAACAUAAUCAACACAAGCUCAAGAAGCGAUCAAAAACUUGCUCUUUCGAAACAGAAGCUGACAUUUCUCGAUCGGCACCGCGACCGCAGAAUACGACGAAGGAGGUGAAUGCCAUGCUUUCAAGAGCGGUGCAAGUUGUGACAGAUGCUCGAAACGAUGGACUUUCCUUGCCUCAAUUGAUGUUGAAUGGCGGUGCCGGCUUAAGUGCAUCGAGUGUUCUAGGAGGAGGUUCAAGAGCGGGUGGGCAAGAAGUCGAAGUCUCGCGGUUUGGUCACUUGCAUAGCCAGAGUACUGGAGAUGCUGCUACCGGCUUUAGUGGGGCUUGUGGGACAAAUUCUGUGGGAGUGAUAGCGGCAUCGCCAAAUGAAGCUACUCGUAGCCAAGUCAUUAUGCGAAAUCUAAAGCAGCGCCGGCGAGGCGGCAAGCCACGAACUCGAUCGCAAGCGAAUAUAAUGGGAGCAGAGCCACCAAAAUCACCUCCUGUGUUCCUGUCUGGUGGCGGCCGUGAUGCUAUCUCGUCAUCAGCACCUUUAUCUGGAUCAGGAUCCGGCGGACUGGGUUCGUCUCGGCUGGGCAACCUCUUCCAUUCGGAGUCAUCCAACCCUACCAACGACAAUAACAGCAUCACCAACGUUUCUAGCGGUGGUUUUCCGAUCGGCUCAGAAACGUCAGCAAGUCCGCCAAACUCGAUGGGGCCAUUCAAUAACUCCUUUAACAAUGCAAAUGGCCGAAGCUUCACAUCAAGUGGCGGGCCAGCGGAGCAUAUGCGCGUACUAACUGUUGCCACUCCUCAGGGUGUUUGUAGUAACGUCACUGGAGGGUUUGGCGGAUCAGCCGGAGAGAGAGGUGAAGGUGUCCUGUCCUCGCAUCACAUUCGCCAUUCAUCCUUGGGUGGCAGCCCGAACACUGGGUCGCAUUUGCUACGCGAUUUGUGGCAGCAAUUGCGUCAAUCUGAGGACGAUGGCAUGCCAGGUACAAGCAUUGUUGGUGCAGGUCAUGGGCAUGUUUAUGGUCACCAUCGGAGUGCUAGUGCAGGUCACGAUCUCAUUUUAGCUGUUGGUGGAUCGGCAGGUGAUAUGCAGCUUUCAGAACUCGACGCUCUCAACGAUACCAUUCCCGGUGUCGACGCUUCAGGGCCGCUUGAUGAUCUGGACCUAAAGUUGCUACAGCUUGAAUUGCCGAUUGUUCUCCCGGAAGCCGAGAAGAAGCAAAAAGCUGACAUUGAACACCAUGCGGCACUUGUACUAGAAACGGUAGCGUUAGGGCUCAAUGAGCAACACACAAUUGCGGAUGAGAUAGUUGAUCCGGUAUAUCACAUUCCUGAUGAUUUUGUGCAAUCAGCAGCGCAAAAGCUGACCCCGUUUGAGCGUGCCCAAGCUGCUGAUAGAUUUUCCAUGGGAUGUAUCGCUGCCGAGCUGUAUACGCACAAACCCGUGUUCUCGCAGCGUUCUCUGAAGGAGUACCUUUUUGCAUAUCUGCAACAGCAAAAGCAAGAAAUGCGAGUAAAAGUAACGGAAGGUGAUGGCUGGAUUUCGAGUAUAUUGGCUCCCCAAGGCAGUUUAAAGCCCGCUCAGUGCCAACUUCCGUGGAACCAUGCCCUAUCGGAACGACUGGCAGAUUUACCGCUUCAUUUAAAACAAUCCGUGUUGGAUAUGCUACACCCAGAUCCGCGCAAAAGACUGCAUCUUGCUCGUAAGAUCGACGGAUUGGAGUCUGUAGCAGCAAUACGUAGCUCGUCUCGUGCCUUGAAAGACAAUGUUUGUUUACGUUCGACCGCGCCGCUGCCUGCAUUUCAAGCGGCUCCAUCUGCGUUAUUCCCGAAAAACAUGGUCGUCGUCUAUAACUUCCUUACAAAGCUACACAGUGUUCCGGAUUGGCAUUCGAGAUUCACUACUGCAAGGCAAUUGUUGUCAUUACUGUCAGGUCUAUCGGAAAUUCUAUUUCGUGUAGCGAUGCCAGAGCUUCUGCGCUUUUUUCGAGCAAAAUCACAUACUGAGACCAUUUGCGCCGAACAUGUGACUGCUGCUGUUGUUUUCCUUCUACCUGACAUGGCACGGCAGCUUGGACGCGAAAGGUCUCGCGCUGAGCUGUUGCCUGAUGUGUUGCGUGUUUACGAGAGCAGCGAGUUGGGGUGCUCGCCACUUCUGAGGUGUUGCCUUGGAGCGCCAAGCGUAUUGUACUCCCUUUUGCGUGCAUUUGGAGCGUCAGUGGUCCUCAAUAGCUUUGUCCCGGUUGUGUUGGAGUGGCUUGUGCCCCCUGCUGCGGCAGUUACCGACACGGAGGUAAGGUCGUCGUUGGAGUCGCUAUCUUUAAAUUUGCCACCAGCACCGCUGUUUGCUGCUGAGUCAGCAGCUCUUGCUGCAGUGACCUUCGGUGAGUUGUCAUCGUCAGCAAUGUUAGGUCCGUCACUUACAGCUAAAUACUUGCUGCCAAUGUUAUUGACGCAACUUGGCCGCAUCAAGAGUCGCUGGACGCACCUUGCAGACUCUAAGACACUCCGACAAACGGACAAAAAAAACAGUUUGGUAUCAACUACUAAUGAGGAUAGCGAUUUGCUGGAGAGUGCAGAGUUUCAUAUCACGUUCCUGUCCAAGACCAAGCUUUACGAAUCGCAUCACAUAGCGGACGCUGUAUUGCAAGUAUGUCGUGAGCUGGGCGAGUUCUCUGUGGCAAACAUGCUGCUGCCUCGGCUUUUUGAUGUGCUUCCACGACUUGUUGCUCUCUCCGAACAAAUUGGUUCUGCGCGCAUUGAAGGCAUUCCGGACGAGCUUGGUCGCGAAAUCUACGUGUUACUGCGCCUUCUGAGGCACGCAGUACGUACGCUAAAUAAUCCUACAACCUUGCAAGAUCUGUUGUCUGGACGUUUGCGCAGUAGCCUCAUGGAGAUGCUAGGACAAGCAUCUCCACCCUUCCUACAUCCUCGUAUAGCAACUGCGGUGAUUGCAGCUGCAACUACGGGAAAACAACCAGCAGGAUCGACGAGAGCAGCUGCUAGCCAAACUGCUGCAAGCUCGACAAAAACGAAAGUGCUACGCAGUCUUCACUUCAUGAAGGACGCUGAUCACCGCAAUUUGCGUGCUUUCACGGCGGUAGGUCUUUCUCGCACAAUCAUAGCUGUGUGUCAAAAGAUCGGUGCAGAAGCUACAGUGGCGGAUGUUUCUGUUGUAAGCGGUAUUAAUCGCUUCCUUAAGCGAUGCAGUGAUGUAUAUGCGGAGCUGGAAGUAUCCAACUUUCAAUGGGACUUAGCUAGCGAGUUGGUGAGCGAACUGUGUACACCGCUUCGCACACUGUUGGGAAAGGAUCUGUUCAACCGAUAUUUUCCUAUCGUCGCAAGCAGUUCAGUUCUUCAGCUUCUGUUGUUACCCUUGAAUAGCACUGCUGGUGCUGAUUCAAGUAGGGUUAGCGAAUUUCGUAAUCGGAUGAUCUAUAAUGACCAGCGGAACAUGAGUGAUCUUGAUGAACGACUGGCGCAGUCGCAAAUUUAUCUACGUCGACGGACGCCCAUGGAAAAUGAAGAAGGUGCGAGUGAUGAAGAUGACGACAAUGGAGAUGGCUACGACACGUCUGUAACAUCAAAUCCAAAACCAAAAGACCCAAUGUCAUAUCCACUCGAGUUAUUGCGCUUUGCAUAUCAUGCACUUCGACUACACUCGGUUCGGGCAACAAGUUUCCUUCGCGUACCUUCUACGCUGCUAGUAGGUGCUGACGAGAAAGCUGCUCAAUGGGAGACAGCUCUGAGCAAAGAGUUACUGCUGUUGGAGGAAUCUCGCCGCCAACGCAAAGUUGUGAACGCCGCUCUGGCCCCUAAACGCGCUGGAGCCGACGCUCUUUGGCUCCGACCUCGCGUUCGCCAACCAUUUGAAGCUAGAUGCGAUGAAGGAAUGCCUCAAGCGCCAGUCGGUGGCUAUGAAGGUGGUGGAGGAAUUUUGGGAUGCUCAUGGGCUCUCAGUGGUGAGAUUCGUCAGUCCAUCAAAGCCCAUUCCAGUUCCGUGCGAUGUGUGAAUGUGGAUGCGGAUGAAGAAUUGCUUUUGACAGGAAGUCGGCACGGCACUUGUCGGGUAUGGCGGCUAGCAGGUCACCCUGUUCAGGCUCGAGCAGCCGCUCUGACCGGAGUGUCCGACAGUCGUCCGAUCCUGGCAGUUGCUCGCACGGGUCGAUCUGGGUCCCACUUUAAAGGCGCAAGGACUGGAGCAGGGGAAGUGGAUGGAAUGGCAGCAGCAGCUUCUGCUUCGGGUUUGAUGCUCUGGGACUUGCAAACGAGUCAAAUUCGUAUGCGACUACCGUUUUCCGCGACAAAUGAACCUGUUGUGUCAAUGACAACUGGGACUUGUGCUGUUGAUCUAGCUGUGGCUACUGCUCGACGUGUAGUGUGUGUGGAUGUUCGCACUGGUCCGCACGUUGUUGCCGAGUGGUACGCAAACGCUACUGGAAUUGGUUCAAGUUCAGCUACAUCGGGUCUGAGUGUAUCAACAGUGGCUUCAUUUGUUGAUGGUACGGGUUAUCUUGCUCUGGGAACUACAAGUGGUCAUAUCGUGCUAUUGGAUUCACGAACAGGUCGUCAAGCGACAAAGUGGCAGGCAUUGGAAGGUCAAACGCGUCUUGUUCAUAUGGUGCAAAUCUCAUCGUCCCAGUUGCUAGUAGUUGGUGCUGACAAGGAAGCGCGUGUAUGGCGCAUCAUGUUACGCAAUCACAGUCCUCCUCAGCUCCGGAUGACAAUAACAGGCGUACCCGAUGGCAUUUCUGCAGCGCAAAUUUCCGUCCAUUCAGCUACAGACACGAGCGUUCUCUAUAUUGUUAGUGGUGCUCGAAUACAUUGCGUCCAACUACCUCAUGAACCUCAAGCUGUUGUCUCAGUACAGCCUCCUGUGAUUGUACGCAUGGAAAUGUGGCAAUUAACUGAAUUUGGUGGUGCUGGUAAACCCAAUAAGAGUCGUACUAUUGCAUACAGUAUUGCAGUACUACCAUUACGUCAGCUUGUCCUACUUGGCACAGAGGACGGAUGCUUGAAAUGUGUCAUUUAA